AUGAUGAGCAGCAUGAACAGCCUCCCCAAACAGCACCACAUCUGGACCGUACGACCAGCACCACAUCUGGACCGUACGACCAGCACCACAUCUGGACCGUACGACCAGCACCACAUCUGGACCGUACGACCAGCACCACAUCUGGACCGUGCGACCAGCACCACAUCUGGACCGUACGACCAGCACCACAUCUGGACCGUACGACCAGCACCACAUCUGGACCGUGCGACCAGCACCACAUCUGGACCGUACGACCAGCACCACAUCUGGACCGUACGACCAGCACCACAUCUGGACCGUGCGACCAGCACCACAUCUGGACCGUGCGACCAGCACCACAUCUGGACCGUACGACCAGCACCACAUCUGGACCGUGCGACCAGCACCACAUCUGGACCGUACGACCAGCACCACAUCUGGACCGUACAACCAGCACCACAUCUGGACCGUGAGAACAGGAUCUUUCUGAAGAAUGGGAGCAGCCCAUGCGAAGGCUACAUCGGGAUCUACCACAAUGGCAAGUUGGGCUUCGUUGGGCAGAAAUACAGGAGCAACAAUACCGAAAAAGUGGUGUGCAGUAGCACUCAGUGUGGGGAGCCCGUGAGCAGCCGGGUGAUGACCGCGCCCUGGCCCGUCGACAGAGUCUGGCUCAACGAGGUGAAAUGCACUGGAGACGAGCCGCACCUGUGGAAGUGUACGUAUCCAGGAUGGGGAGUCAGCCUCGGCCGAAAGGACGCUCUGCAAAAGAUUAAAUGUUCACAUAAAAUCGCCAUACGCUUGGAUGGGUUUACAUGUGCAGGUGCUGUCCAGUACUCCGUAGAUGGGGGGGAAACGAAUUUGGGUUACCUUUGUGCUGACAACUGGGGAAAGGAUGAAGCCGACCUUUUGUGCAAAAACCUCAAUUGCGGCACGUCCAAGGAGAUUGUUGAGCACCCAUGGAUGGGCUGGAAGGGAUUCAAAGAAAAGAAGUCGAAGACGAUGACGAUCAAGUGUUCGGGCAUUAAGCAUUUCACUCAUCUGUGGCAGUGUGCGGUGCAGAUAACACCGUUAUGUCGAAACCCUGCUUUGGUCUUAUGCACAGGUCACGAAAGAGUGCAGCUCCAAGGAAACCCAUCCAAUGUCUGUUCCGGGCGGCUGCUAAAAGAGGAAAGCGGCGGCUGGAAGUCAGUCACCUGGACCGUCCACAACAACAACACCAAUCUCGAUGCGUGGUGCCAGAAAAUGCAGUGUGGCACCAGCGUUGAUCACAAGAAGCAUGGCGAUGGCACAAAUCUGACAUGUUCAGACGAUGUUAAAGUGGUUCUGAUGGACAACAAUAAUAAUCCCAGCAGGUGCUACGGUGCAGUUCAUGUGGCGGUGAAUGGUACAAGGUGGCCCGUGUGCUCCUCCACCUGGACCAACGAGGAUGCUAAAGUGGUUUGCUCGGAGCUAGGCUGUGGGAGCGUGUUUAGUAAAAGUACGAGGCCUAAAGAAUGGGGUAUAAUGGACAACGUGCAGUGCUCAGGCCAGGAAUCCUCACUGUGGCACUGUAGAGCCAAGCGUGACCACAGCCCUUUUCCAUGUACUAAGUCUACCGCCGCCUAUGUAGUCUGUGCAGAUAGUAUGAAAGUGAGAUUGAUGGACGGUCCUGGAAAAUGUGCCGGGAGAGUGGAGAUCGAACAUGAGGGCAAAUCGCUAAGGGUCUACCAACAAAGAUGGACCGACACCAACUUAGAUACUGUCUGUGAACUAUUAAACUGUGGGAAAAAAGGAAAUGCCAUCAAUCUGGACAAAUUCAGCCAGGGUUCAGGUGAAUUUCUGCUAAAGGCUGUACAAUGCAAGAAGAACGCCAAACACAUAUCUGAGUGUAUCACAAGUAGCUACAACAACCCACGUAAGCAGGUGAUGGGAAUAACCUGUGAAGAGCACAAGGUGGUUUUUCUGAAGGGAAAUCUGUCCUGUUUGGGCAUGGUGGGCAUAGAGCAGGGCAGCAAAACCUACUGGCUCUCCGGCUAUAACGGGACAUGGAACAAAGAGUCUGCAAACACUGUGUGUCGGCAGAUGCACUGUGGGAAAGCCUUACAACAUUCCUUCAUCUCUCGUGGUGAUACGAUGAAACCCCUUUGGAAUGAAUCUUACCGCUGCUCAUCCAACUCCGAAUCCCUGUUUCACUGCGAAAGCAACAAUACACUGCCAUCUGACCACCCAGACACUAUUGCCACUGUGAUAUGCUCAGGAAACAUUACAGUGGACCUGACCAAUGAGUGUUGGGGCAAUGUCAACGUUUGUCUGGACGGGAAGUGCGGAGGCGUGUGUGCCGAUAGCUGGACAAAGCAAAAGUCGGCGAUGCUGUGUGAAAACCUGGGCUGCGGGAACAGAGUCCUGGAGGCCACCGCCAAGCCCAACGAAAGCCAGGUGAUGUUCAAAAGUAUGCACUCCACAGAGGAGACGACCCACCUGUUCCAGUGCAACUUCGUCAUAAGUGAUGAAAAUGACAAGACGUGUGACCAUAACCCAGCCUAUGUUGUCUGCUCAGGUAGCGUCAAGGCCAAAAUGAAUUCAUCAAGAGAUAAAUGUUCUGGAAAUGUGGAGGUGCAAUAUGAAGGCCAAUUGCUCCCGAUUUGCAUUAAUGCUCUCACAGAGAAAGCAACACAAAACACCAUCUGUGGGGAGCUGAAUUGUGGUCAUGCCAUCAAUCGGAUCGGCUACUUCGGAUCUAAGGCAACAGGGAGUCUUGCCAUUUCACAAAUCCAGUGUUCUGCAAAUAACAAUUCUUUAGCAGCAUGUACAAUCAAUUUUAAGGACAGCACCUGCUCUCCUGGUGGCCUCCAAUGCUCCGGCUGGAGGAAGAUGGCACUGACUGUCAACAAGGCCUGUAGCGGAGUUCCGGUUGUUUACUCGGAAGGGAAAAUAAGUGCCAUUUCCUUUGAGGGCUGGACAAAAACUGAGGGGGAGAGACUUUGCCAGGAUUUGGAAUGCGGCAAUUUCAAGUCCGUAAACACAACUACGUCAGAUUGUCUCUGGACCACAAACUUCAGCUGUGCAGAUGGCGAGAUUCCAAAAAACAUCUGGGACUGUGAAAAGAAAGUCUAUCUCUCCCACGAAAGCCAAUCAAAGAAGCAGCUCUUUAUUGAAUGUCAAGAUGAACCCGAGGUCACCCUUUCAGAGGGAUGUUUCGGUGAAGUGAAGAUAAACGGCAUCGAGGUGUGCGACAGUCACUGGAAGGAGAGCGACUCACAAAUGGUUUGCGAAGAGCAGAAUUGUAGCAACGCCAUUGCCGUCUCCCGCCAUGGUAACAAGCCUAUUCCAAAUAAGGAGUACCACCAUGUCAGUUGUGAGGACAACCAUUAUACACUUGGCCAGUGCAAGAGAUCCAUGAGAAAGUGUUCCGGGCGUUUAGUGUCCGUUUACUGUGUUGGCAAUGUCCAAUUCAAAACCACAGAAAGAUGUGGAGGUCAGAUUGUUGUCAACUAUCAAGGCACGUGGGAAAAAGUGUGUCCCCUGAAGUCAUUUCCCGCGGAACGUUUAAAAAUGCUGUGUGAAGAGCUCAGGUGUAAUGGCACCAAUGCUAGCAUACAGAGCCAGAACACAGGCAAACCGGCCAGCUUGGAAACAAUGCUGAAUUGCAAAGAUUCUAACCAGGAGAUGAAGUACUGCCUCAGCAACCAGCCUUGUGAGAAGGUCAUACCUGCUGAGAUCUACUGUGACGAGUACGAUGUCCGUCCAACCAAUUCACCCAAAGAGAGCGCGACCCCCAUGUGGACUACGAUGGUGGGUGUAGGAUUCACUCUGCUUCUGGUGACAUUGAUUGUCACGUUCAUCGUCAUCUGCUUGGUCAAGAGCGCCAAUAAAGGCCAGAAUGUCUCACGAAUGCUGUCAAGAAAAGAAGUGGAGUUUGAAAGUGGCGCUUAUGACGACGUGAUGAGCCAAUCAAAUGAAAUGGAGGAACUGAAUCGUGGCAGAUUCAGAUCCGAGUCUGAAGUGGUCACAGAGAACGACGCACAGAGCACUUUCUCGCUUCCUUACGAUGACAUCGAGGGCCCGGCUGUGGCUCAGCCGCUGACCUCUCGGGCCGCCGCCGCCCCGGGGAACGACGGCGCCCCGGGGCAAAGCGCAGAAGGGGCGACCUACGAGGUGGACGACCAGCAGGAGAGUUACGACGACAUCGAGGUCAGCCCUGAAAUCCUUCAGACUGAAGCUGAAGUCCACAACAGCACCUGAACACCACCUGAGAGCGACGCGGUGGCACCUCUCGGAUCGGGGGAGGGGGACGAGGACAACCGGUGAGCCAAAACUGAGUUUGGCUAAGCAAAGCAGAUCUCCCCAAAAACCAAAGAAGUCAAAAUUACAGACGGGUAAACAAUAUUAUAGUACAUGAUUUUUGUAUGCUGCAGAAAUGCAUCUCUCGAUGAAGUGAGUAUGCCAUACUCGGGAAUACCAAUCAUUUCAGAUAAGGCAAUAUUGUGUAGAUAAUGAAUAAUCUCUUCAAAUGUUCAAGAUGAAUAUGAUGCAAACUUAGAGUCAUAAGCGUAGUUGCAAUAACAACUUUUUUUAAAUUUUUCG